AUGUGGUGCUUUACGGAGGCUAGUCCCCUAUCUCCGGACAACCCGAUUCCAGGGGAUGAUGCACUCCUAAUAAAGAAAAGAGAACUCUUCCCAGAACUCUUGCCGACGUCUCCGAGAUGCAAACCGGUGCGAGACCAGAAUGCACCAAUCUCCGUGGGCAGGGUCGGGAAUAUUAACCCGAUUCCCUUUCGCUACAGGGGGCUGCCUUGCAACAGUACAUCAGCAGCAAUCCUGACAAUGUCAGGCACCCCGUCUCUGUUCCGAGUUAACGGAUCACUUAGGACCGCCUGA